AUCCCAAGAUUAGGGUUUAGGGCUUUAGGCCAAUUAUUUGAUUAUUUCUCUAGUAGCGGGUUGAAGCGGAUAUGAUGGAGGAGGAUGUCAUGGCUAAAGGAGAGCUUUCCAACUCAUGUUGCACUGCUUGGAAGGAAAAGUACGCCAAGUUGAAAGAGAGGUAUUCUAAGCUCGAAGAAGGCCGCAAUGCUCUUCGCAAGGGGGUGUCAAUCUAUGAGCUGCAGGUUUCCAAGAUGCACUCUGAGAAUCUCACUUUGAAGAAGGCUUAUGAGAGCGAGAAAAAACAGGCAGAAAAUGAAAGAAAUGGCAGAGAAAAAGAAUCUGCUCUGCGAGCUUCCUUGGAGAGUGAAGUGGAUGCUCUAAAGACCAAUGUUCUUUUGUUGCAGCAAAAUCCGGGUCCUGUCAGUGAAGAUUUGGAAAGAGAAAAGGUACAACUUCAGGGGUUUCUUUCAGAAAAGGAUGCAGAAGUUAGCCGACUGAAGGAGCUUCUUGAGAACGAGAGACUCAGAGCAGAUUCGGAGAAAAAGAAUGCCAAUGCAGAGAGGAAAAAAGCUGACGAGUUAAGGAAAAAGUUGAAAAUUGAGAAAACUAAGGCCGAUGAAGAAAGGAGGCUAGUUGAAAGUGACAGAAAAGAGGCUGAAGAAAAUAGGCUCAAGCUGGAGGCUGCGAUGACGGAUGCUGAUGAAGUUAAAAUGAAGCUGGCGUUGGAGACGUCAAAAGCAGCAGAGAUGAAGAAGAAAUUGGACACAGAAAUGCAAAACAGAAAGAAAGAUAGAAAACGGGCAGACUCAUCUAUCUUGAAAGCUGCAGAGCAAACAAAGCUUGCUGAUACAAACUUGAAAAUGGCAAUGGAUGAAAAACGUCGUGCUGACGAUUUAUCACUGCAGCUGGACCAGUAUAACCAAAGAAUUGAGAUUCUUAAGAAGGAGAUAGUUGAACUUAAGUCGUCUAGGAUAUUAAUUGAUAACGUAUCUGAUAAGAAGAGAGAAGCAGCAGAAAAACUUGCCCAUCUAGAGAUAGUAAAGCAGCUAGAAGAUCAGAAAAAAGUUCUCGAGGCAUACAAGAAAAAGGCAUCAAAGGAAAAGCAUCGUGCAGACCAGUUAUCAUGUGACUUAAAGGAUUACAAGAAAAGGUUAGGAGAGCUACAAAAGGAAAUCAAUUCCCUUGUUUCCUCCAGAUCAAUUGCUGAAUCUGCUCUUCAUUCACAUGAUAGAAGUUUGAAAUGUCAAAGUGCUAAAAUCAGUUUCUUGGAGAAGCAACUGAAGUUGGAAAAGAUGUUGGUAAAGCACUCAAAAGGAGCCGCAGAGCUUGAAAAAGCUCGUAAUGGCAUACUAAAAGAAGAACUAUUGCACUUAAAACAAGAUAUUUCUCAGUUUUCAAAGCGCCUGAAUUUAUUGGAUGAUUAUUUCAUUUGCUCUGAUGAAGCUAUUCAUGAUCUAGAAAAGGAAGAACUGAAAAAUCAACAAUUCGGUAUUGAAUCAUAUCAGAUGCAUUCUCAUCUCAAAGAUGGGUUUGCUCUAAUGGCUGCUGCUGAUGAAACUGAUUCAUUCAGGGAAAAUGUAGAUGAAGGCAUUGCACCUGUGCUUGCUCUAUCUGGAGUAAAUGGCACUAGAAGCGUUUCAGGUAUUAAUUCUGAAUUGGAGCCUUUGCUUAAAGGCGUUAACAAAAAAGUGUUACAGAGUUCUGCCAUAAAUUCCUGUUCGACAUCUUUUUCUGAUAGACCAUUGGUCGGCUCACAGGAAAGACAUUCUUCUGGCACCAGAUCAGAUAAGUUUGCUGAAAAUAAAUCCAACCCAAAAGAGAAAUGCAAUGAGAAUCUUGCAACAAUUGUGGAAAGUGGUGUCAAAAGUCCUGUUAUUGAUACAUAUACCAAGAGGAGCAGUCGGCGUCAUAAGAAAAGGAAGAGGUCUAUUGAUGCUAUUUGCAGUUUGCAGUCUAAGAAUGAGUCGCAACAGAAACAGGUACUUUUUCUGCAUUCUGUGUCAGAAAAUCAAAUUGAUAAAUCUGGAAGCACUAAAGCGUGCUUGCUUCCUCGUGUGGAAGACGGUAUUGGAACUUUUGAUGAUAGAUCUCAUAAGAAAAGAAAGGCUUCUUCUGAAAAACUUCGGAAGUGUCAUGUGAAUGAUGCCGAUAGGGUAAAGGCAAACCUCAAAGUGUUGGGUAUACAAGAGUCUAGUAUCCUUGCAAAUUCCAUCCCACCUGUUGAUCAUCACAGUGGAACUGCUGAUAACGGAAAGGAUAGGAGUGAUACACUUGGAGAUUUUGAGUUACUGGUUGGAGAUGACUACAUGAAACUGCUUGAUUUGGAUAAUGGUGUAGAUGAAGAAUCUUAUCGUUUGGCACUCCAAAUGCCUUUGUCACCUGAACUUCCAGAGAUCAAGUGUGAAAGCAAUGCACGUGUAUCAAGCGCAUAUAUCUAAUUCUGUCAGUGAACCAAUGAGUACAGUUGAUGUAUUAGCUUGUCCUAAUGAGAGUUCAAAGGUUUCAAGUGGUAGCAUUGACCCACCCCCAUGUCAUGGUAUACCAAAGUGUUGUGUUGUGUUUUAUGAUAAUGACAAAGUGGAAAGCAUUUCCACAGUAUACUUGGCAACCAAAAACUUCAUGACUCAGUGUUCAACAGUUUCAGCAUCAAAUCUGUAUCUUAGGAACAUUGUCGUUUUCAUUUCAGGUGCUCAAGAUCUUUCAGCCAAGUAAGCCAUUUACACUUUGUAUCUUUCAUCCAUGCAUGCAUUACCCUUUUAAAAAUUAUUUUGUUGCUUUUCAUUAUCAAAGGUUCUGCUGUUAUUGAUGUGAUAUGCCUAUGCUUUGUGUAUGCUCUAUGAAGUUGACCUUCUCUAGGGAUAGUGGUAACCAUCCAUUCUCGAUAUGUUUAUUUCGUUAUUCUCUGCUAGGAGUGCAAGGUUUGCAUUGAAGUUGUGGGGUUUGAAUGUCUUGGAAACUUAAUACUUACUAAGUAAGUUAAUAUCAGGGAUAUGUUUAUAACUUUUUCUGUAGCACUCACAGGUGCACCUGGUUAAUAUUUUGUACAUCUGAUAUAGAUUGUGCUGGAAUGAUGGAUUAUGAGUCAUAUCUCUGUUCUGCUGGAUGUCUCUCCUUUAGGUGCUUCUUAUUAAAUACUGGCCAAGUUAUAUGGAGUAGUUAAUUAGUUAUGAUGUUCUACAUGAGUAAGCCAUAACAUUGUAAUAGUUGUUUAAUAGGAAGGCUAUUGAACGAAACUAAAUUAAGAACAUCCCACUAAAUGCGGUCAAGUUAUAGAUUAAGGAGGCAUCAAGCGACACAAUUUAUUUAGGUUGAGUUCUAUCUCCUCUGUAAGCUCCAUACUGAUGAGGUUACUUUUCAUGGGUUCUUACCAAGUCAUUUAGGGCUUCCUAUACUCCUCUCAAGUUGUGUUUUAUGCCUUCAAAAUAUUCUAAUUUGUGUGGCCUUCGGACUCAGAACACGGCCAAACCAUCCUAAGUGGCUCUUUCUUGUCACUUCCUCCUAUUGGGGUUUUCCCUACUUCCUCUCUUAUCUUGUUGCCUCAUUACUAAUUCUGUACUUCCUAGUUUAACUCACUCAUAUAAUCAUAUCAACACUGUCAUCUCUGCCUCCAAAAUUAUGUGAACGUGUUGAUAUUUAACCGCCCAACAGUCCUGGCCACGUUAUAUACUUAUAUAUAAUGUCUAAUAGCUAUAAUAUAGAACUUCCCUUUUGUCAUAAGUGUUACCUUCCGAUCACACAAGAUUCGCUAUGCGUUCCCUUAUUUUGUGUUUCUUGCUUUUAUUCUACGCUCAAUGUCUGUAUUAUAUUCUCCAUUCAGUUGGACCUUACACAGUUGUCAUGGUGUAUGGCAACAACCAUGGUGAUAACCCAGUUUGCCUUGACGAUGGACGGCCCAUUUAUGGACACAAAAUAACAAGUAUAGAUUUGAACAAUAGACAAUAUAUAGUUCUAAGAUUGAAGCACCAAAUUUGGGGACGAGCAUAUAUAUUUUCCAAGUCAAUAAAUGCUGGGUAAUUCUUUCGUUUUCUUUAAUGGUCCUUGAUUAGUGUCCUUAGUAAACGUAUAGUUUUCAUUUUCGAUCUCCCAGGCAUGAAGCAAAAUUGCGUGUCUGACAUUCUUGUAUUGUCAGUCUCCUUCCGCUUACUCUUUUUCAGAGUUUCCCAGUGUUGCAUGACAGUUCAGUAACUGGGAAAAAGCAUCAGUGUUCUUGUCAGUCUUGCUGCACUACAUUUCAGAAAUGGAAACAAGUGAUCUCCACAAUGGUUGGGAUAGGGACUCGGUCCUGCUUAUUGCGUCUUUUGCUCAUCACAUAUGUACAGUGCCCUCUGACGUGAACAAUGGUAUGACUUUUGAUGAAUCAUGGAAUUUGUAUGAGCUGCUUUCACUUUUAGAAGACUUCAUCUUGCAUAGAGAAGUUCUGAUGUGUGGUAAUGUCUGUUCUGAUUCGAAAUCUUCAAAGUAUUCUAGGAUCAACCUUGUUGUGAAUGCUAAUGGUGUACGCUUCGUUAGUCAAGAAGCUUCCAUAAACUUGUCAGUGGCUGGGUGCAUUUUGUUAGCUUCAUUAUGUGCUGAAGUUGACCACAUUGGUUUCAUUUGUGAAGCAUCAUUCAACACAAUGAGGAUGUUAAAAUCGGACCCUUCAUUCGUGCUAACUGUUCUCCAUAUCUUUGCCUAUGUAUGUGGGCCCAAGUAUUUUGGCAUCAAACAGUAUUGCUUGGUAAUGGCUGUAGUAAGAUCCCUUAUUGUGUUCCUCGAGAAGCUUAACCCUCCUGACUGUGGUUCCUGCUUCACAUCUUUGGCUGAGGAUCUGUCUAAAUUAUGGUCAGGCAGCAAUUGCCCAUUUUCAGAAGGCACAUCUUGUAUGGAUGGCGACACAUCUUCUAUGGAUGGCGUCACAUCAAUGCUCCUAGAUAAUCUUCAGAACUGUGUCUGGUCCAGUACAAGGCAAAAGGUUAAAGUUAUCCAUCCUUUAAUUGUUGGAGAAAAGAAUGAUACAGAGAAUAUGGACAUUUCUGCUGCUCCAAGAAAGGCGGACACGCCAUACUCCGUUGCUGAUGAUGGCAAUGGAUGCUUCUUGACUGAUGUCCUUGCAUUAGUUGAAAUUGUAUCUUGUUACAUGAGCUGGGAUUGGACUGUUGAAAAUAUUGUGCGUCCUGUGUCAAAAAUGAUGGAAUCGUGCCCAUUGGAGCAUGUACCUGCAGCUAUUCUGGUUCUUCUUGCCCAACUUGGAAGGUAUGGGGUUUCAGCUAAUGGAUAUGAAGAUAUUACAAUCCAGAACUUGAGAGAUCGGUUAUCAGCCUUGCUCUGUGGGUGUGAUUCUAAACCAGUCGGUCAUGAGAUUCAGUUUUCCAUUGCCAUUGCUUUGCUGGGCGUAGUUCCUCUCAACUUUGCAGAGAUCGUGAAAAAAAAUUCUGAAAUUCCUGGAUUUGAAAGUCAGCAUCAAGCUACCAUUUGCUUAAGGAAAUGGUUUUCACUGUUGAGCAAUGAAGAGCAGUUGUCUUUUAAGCAUGUGGUUUCCUCAAGUGAAUGUCUCCAAAAUGUACAUUCCUCUUGUGAAAUGAUUAAUGUAUAGGAAGGAGAGGGGGUGUAAUAGACUGAUAGCAAGUUUCCAUGCACAUGGCGUCAAAGUAGGGAUUUUUUAAUCAACCUGCCUAGGUUAGCCCAACAUGUGCUUUCUGCCUUGAACUUUGAUCAGAUAUUCGAAGGUACCUUUGCAUGCAGCUUUAGAAUUGGAGGGUGCAAUGGUGCAUAUAGUCAGUCAACUGGAUUAAUCUGACCUUUUGUGGUUUCUUAUAUGCACCCCAAAAUCGCAGCCUGUGCUGUCGGCUGGUUCUCAGGUCAAGGUCCCUGAUGUAACGUUAUAAAGGCAGGCCCUUGUAGAGGAGAAGAUAGGUAGAGUGAUAGAGAGCGGGAAGAGCAUGGGGCGGGACCGGGCUUGGGCCCACUUCCGUGGGCCGGGUUAGGAUUGUUGUUAUAAUUUAAUUAUUAUUAUUCAGUUAAUGUUAUGUUUUGGUUUGGGUCUUAUAUUAGUAGAGUACUUGGUAGAGUUAGAGUGGGCCUAAUUAGGAUUUAAUUAAUUUGAUCUUUAUUAGGGUUUCUUGUAGAAGACUAUUUAUACCCCGUUGAUUUUAUAUUUUUC